AUGACUGAGUCCAGCCAAACGGUUGGUUCGUUACCUACGGAAAGGCGAUCAGAUAAUAAUGAUGAAGCGGAGACUUCCUCAACCACCAACGUGACCUCACACGGAAUAAACUCGACUGAACUCUUCGGUGAUCGGAAGAGGGAGCAAGGAUCGGUCCAUAAUGACAGUCGAGAUGACGAUGAUACUGUUGGUCCACUUCCCUCCGAAAUGACUUUGAAUGACAACAGUGAUGACAAUAAGAGGGACAGGAGUGAUGCGCAUGACGACACUGUGGGUCCUCUCCCCUCUGAAAUGGAGGAUUCGUCUUCUACUAUGGAACCUCCGAAGAAAAAGCCAAAGAAAAAAGGCAUAUGCGGUAUAAAUAAUGACUGUUGUCACGCCUUUUCCCUCUCCUUAGUUUUGAAGGACGAGAGUAUCCUCCUGCGAAGCAUACCCACAGCGCAGUAUUACGAGAUUAGCUACAUGCAUCGCAAUGUCAUUACACAUCUCUCCUACUCCAGAACACACUAUCUCAUCACAUGCAGUUGUGAUGGUCACUUAAAGUUCUGGCGCCUAGCCGCGACGCGCGGCCUGGAAUUCGUCAAACACUAUCGAGCACAUCUAGGUGCCAUCACUGGAUUGGCAGUCAGCUACGACGGCGAGUUGGCUUGCACUGUAGGUGAUGACAAAACUGCCAAAAUCUUCGACAUUAUUAACUUUGACAUGAUCAGCAUGAUGAAGUUGGGUUUCGUGCCUCGAGAAUGCUGCUUUGUCUACACUGCCAAAGAUGGUUGCGCUGCCGUCGCCAUGAAGAGUUCUCAAACUGAAUUUCAUCAUGAUGAAUGUCACUUGUGCCACAAAAAGCUUCCAAAGGUCAAUUUCAACAUUCGGUUUCACAUGGAGAAAUUGACGAUUAAUCGUUCGUUGCUUCGAAAGGAACCGAGAAAUCGUGACACGAAAGACAACUCCUGCGCGGAUCGUGACAGCAGCGCCAUCCACAUUUAUGACGCUCGCACAAAGGAUACACUUUUGAGGAAGCUUGAAAACCUCCACGCCAGUUCUGUCAUCGCCAUUGCUUUCUGUCCAGCGUUGGAGACAGUCGUGAGCGCUGAUACGGAGGGCAUGCUGGAGUUUUGGUCAACACCUCGGCACGGCUUCGACGCCCUCCAGCGUCCGGCUGCACUCCAUUGGACCUCCAAGAUGGACACCGAUCUCUAUUGCCUUCUCAAGGAUAAAACUCACGCCAUCAGUCUAGCCUUCUCCCCUGACGGUGGUCGUCUGCUCGCUUGCUUUGGCGCGGAUCGGAAAAUUCGCAUUUUUAAAACACUAACGGGAAAGCUUUCUUUGGUCUAUGACGAGAGCAUACAGCGUUACUCGGAGCUGCAAUCGACGAAACAGCUUCUACCCAGCAUGGAGUUUGGACGGCGCCUGGCCCUAGAGAAGGAAUUGGAUCGAUCUGAUGGAACUCACAUGUGCAACCUGGAAUUUGACAAUUCGGGCAACUUCCUAGUCUAUACUACGCUCUUGGGUGUGAGGGUGGUGAAUUUAGUAACCCACCGGUUGGUACGAUGCCUGGGAGGCCCGGAGAACCUCCGUUUCCUGCAGGUUGCACUGCUACCGGCGCGAUCAGCAGUGCUGCAGAGCGCCACUGCAAUGGCUCUCCUUGGCAUGGAUUCCGCCACUGCCUCACUCGAGAUGCAUGCGGCUCUUGAGGAACCACCUACCGAUCCUGGAGCCGGUGGCAGUAGUAGUAAUGCAACUGGAUCUUCCACUAGUACUUCACAUUCUCGCGACCCCGUUAUUGUGUGCACUGCCUUCAAGAAGAAUCGUGUAUACCUUUUUACUAACCACGAACCACAUGAAAUCAAGUCGGACGGUGUUACCUUGGCUGUGGGUUCUACAAGUGAGCGAGACGUUUUCAAUGAGAAGCCAACAAAGGAAGAGGUGCUCGCGGCUUCACGUGACUCGGCAGCUGCAACUACAGCAUCCCUUCGAUUGGCAGGUUCUGCCAUUCUCCAUACCACCAUUGGUGACAUCCACCUGCGUCUGUGGCCGCGUGAGUGUCCACGCACCGUGGAAAACUUUGUAGGGCACGCUCGUGCUGGCUACUACAAUGGGCAUAUCUUUCAUCGUGUAAUUAAGGGUUUCAUGAUACAGACUGGAUGCCCCCUUGGUACGGGCACCGGUGGCAAGUCAAUAUGGGGCGGGGAAUUUGAGGACGAAUUCCACCCCAGUUUGCGACAUGAUCGCCCCUACACCGUCAGUAUGGCCAAUGCUGGGCCCAACACGAAUGGAUCGCAAUUCUUCAUCACCGUGGCUCCCACCCCAUGGUUGGACAACAAACACACAGUGUUUGGCCGCGUAAUCAAAGGAAUGGAGGUUGUACAGAAGAUAUCAAAUGUCAAAACACAUCCCAAGACCGACAAACCGCUUGAUGAUAUCAGCAUUAUUAGCAUCAGCGUAAAGGAUAUCGGAGGGGGAGCCUAA